CCUCGAGAAUGCGAAUCGCGGAAAUUCCCUCCCGGAGCCUCGGUCGCUCCGGACGUUCCGCGCUCGGUUCCAUAUUGCCUGUCGCGAUCGCCAAUUGACUCGAGUAUUAGUAGAAGAAAUCGCCUAAAAACCUAUACAAAAUGGGCAAGGAGAAGAUUCACAUCAACAUCGUCGUCAUCGGACACGUCGACUCCGGCAAGUCGACCACCACCGGCCAUUUGAUCUACAAAUGCGGUGGUAUCGACAAGCGUACCAUUGAGAAGUUCGAGAAAGAAGCCCAAGAGAUGGGCAAAGGUUCCUUCAAAUAUGCCUGGGUACUUGACAAGCUUAAGGCCGAACGUGAGCGCGGUAUCACUAUUGAUAUUGCCCUGUGGAAGUUCGAGACCUCGAAGUACUACGUGACGAUUAUCGACGCUCCCGGGCACAGAGAUUUCAUCAAGAACAUGAUCACCGGUACGUCGCAGGCCGAUUGCGCCGUGCUGAUCGUCGCCGCCGGUACCGGUGAAUUCGAGGCCGGAAUUUCGAAGAACGGACAGACCCGCGAGCACGCCCUCCUCGCCUUCACCCUCGGCGUCAAACAGUUGAUCGUCGGUGUGAACAAAAUGGAUUCUACCGAGCCCCCGUACUCCGAGACCCGGUUCGAGGAAAUCAAGAAGGAAGUCUCGUCCUACAUCAAAAAGAUCGGCUACAACCCGGCCGCUGUUGCAUUCGUGCCGAUCUCCGGCUGGCACGGAGACAACAUGCUGGAGGUGUCCGCCAAGAUGCCCUGGUUCAAGGGAUGGGCCGUGGAGCGUAAGGAAGGCAAGGCCGAAGGUAAAUGCCUUAUCGAAGCUCUGGACGCUAUCCUGCCGCCCACUAGACCGACUGACAAGGCACUCCGUCUUCCCCUUCAGGACGUGUACAAGAUCGGCGGUAUUGGAACAGUACCCGUCGGUCGUGUCGAGACUGGUGUACUGAAGCCCGGUAUGGUCGUUACAUUCGCACCCGCUGGAUUGACCACUGAAGUUAAGUCCGUCGAAAUGCACCACGAAGCUCUGACGGAGGCCGUGCCCGGCGACAACGUUGGUUUCAACGUCAAGAACGUGUCCGUUAAGGAAUUGCGCCGUGGAUACGUCGCCGGAGACUCCAAGAACAACCCGCCCAAGGGUGCCGCUGACUUCACCGCACAGGUCAUCGUGCUCAAUCACCCUGGACAAAUCAGCAACGGAUACACGCCCGUGUUGGAUUGCCAUACUGCCCACAUCGCCUGCAAAUUCGCUGAGAUCAAGGAGAAGUGCGAUCGCCGUACCGGCAAGACCACCGAAGAAAACCCGAAGGCCAUCAAGUCCGGUGACGCCGCCAUCGUCACCCUGGUACCCAGCAAGCCCAUGUGCGUCGAGGCUUUCCAGGAGUUCCCGCCCUUGGGACGUUUCGCCGUUCGUGACAUGCGUCAGACGGUAGCUGUCGGUGUCAUCAAGGCCGUCACCUUUAAGGAUCAGGCCGGCAAAGUCACCAAGGCCGCUGAGAAAGCCCAGAAGAAGAAAUAACUAUUGUAAUAGUUUCCGUGCAUACGCCGAUAGUUUUCGUGCGAAUAUGCCGCCGGGCGGACGACGGCGUACACCAGCCGACGUAACUCAUCCUCCUUUGCACGACUCGCGGGAGACGAAUUUGACAGCAUCGUCUACGACGGAGUUCCACGUGAGGACUUUAUCGCGAGCUACGAUCGGAAAUGAGAGAGCGACGAUCCAAUCGCGAAGAUUGGCUCCUCGUGCGUGCGAGGUCGCGCGGCUGCCGCGCUACCUCGGCACGCGGACGUUUCGCUUGUCGAAAUGGCUCCGACAUUUUUUUCACCGCAAGGAGUUUCGCAGGAAAGAGCACGGGACGUUUUACCCUACUGGCCGAUGUGUAUUUUUCGUCUCGUGGGAGUCGCCCAAGGAGGAAGGGAGCGUACUUCGCGCGAGCUAUCGUAUAAACAACAACGUACACCUACCAACUACUUCAUAACGAACAUCAACAUAAUUUAGCGCGGCUUAAUUAUAUUUUCUAAUUACUAUACGGAAAUAAAAUUCUGUAUAUAUCCGAUAUCUCGAGGAGAAACAUUGUCAUUAUUACUCUUCGUUUCGACACCGUUACUUGAUUGGUGACUUGUCAACAAGUUUUAUCAUCCUUUUGAAGAAAACACCUCAUUUAUCGCUCUCACAUCUACGGUAGAUUAUAACUGAUCUGACCAGAAGAAAAAUAAUAUAUAUCGCGGCGAGACGUCCGUAUCAUUUUUGUCUUCUUGGUAGCUUUUUUAUAUUAAUCGUUCAGACUAAUUAAUUCAGGAGACGUAGAAUAGAGAGGACAACGGUAGUAGGCCUUGACAAAGAUAGAUUUUUCGUUUUUUGGUAUAUGGGACCUGUUGUUUCCUCUAAUUAUCUUUCCAUUUAAUUAUAGGUAAGAUAAAUUCGAAUAUCCUGAAGGGAAGAAAAAAAAAGAACUUUUUCUACGAAAUAUUCCUUUUCUCGACUAACGUCAAACAGAAAGUGGAUACGCAAGAAAAUGACUUUUGCAACAACUCGGUAUCUCUAUCCUUUCCCUCCGCGAUUCUUCUACAAACGACAUUGGUUAACGGUUUUCUGUAUAUAUACAUAUAAAUAUCAGGCGAUGACGAGUAAGAGCGAAAAUAAAGAAGCUGCGGAAACGA